UUGUGGAUUGGAGAGCUGUUCAGGCUGGUCCCCAGGGAAGUCGCUCCAUGUCGAAGAAGCAGAGAUACACAAGUCACGUCGCCUCGGGCGCAAGCUUCUGUCAAGGCAGUCUGCCCGUCCACAGUCGAACUGUUCACCUGACAUGAGGUAGUCCAAUUCUCUCUUUCUCCCUUUUCAUUCUCUCUCUUUAUCUGUCUCUUUCUCUCCCUCCCGGCCCCUCUCCGUCCUCCCGAGGACGUCCGCGAUGGCUUCCCCACGGCUGGAGACCUUCUGCUGCCCGAACCGAGACGCGGCCACGGCGUUUGUGGUGACCUUCCAGCCCGUCCUGUUCAGCGCCCUGAGCGUGGGGAGCGCGGGGCUGAGCGUCAUCUUCGCCAUCAUCCAGAUCCUGCCAAAACGCAAGGGAUACAGGAGGCUGGGGCAGUAUCCUCUGCCGAGGCCCGCGUCCUCCUCUCGGAUACUGUUCAUCGUCAGUAUCUGUGACAUACUGGGAUGUGCAGGUAUCAUCCUAAGAUCAUCUUUGUGGCUGGGCCUGCCCAACCUCAUAGAAGGCAUCUCGGUGGCCAACAACACCGACGUGUGGCCAGAGGUCUACUGCGUCGGCAGUGCUAUGUGGAUCCAGCUGUUCUUCAGCGCUUCUUUUUGGUGGUCCUUCUGCUACGCCGUGGACGUCUACCUCGUGGUGAAAACAUCUGCGGGAAUCAGCACCAUUAUCCUCUACCACAUGAUUACAUGGGGUCUAGCCGUGCUGCUGUGUGUGGAAGGAGUGGCCAUGCUAUACUACCCGUCCAUCUCCGAUUGUGAGCAGGGCCUCCAGCACGCCAUCCCCCACUACGUCACCACGUACGCCCCCAUGCUGCUCGUCCUCCUGGCCAACCCCGUCUUCUUCAACCGGACCAUAUCUGCAGUGACAUCUUUACUGAAAGGGCGACAGGGGAUCUACACGGAAAACGAGAGGCGGCUGGCCAACGACAUAAAGAUGCGCUUCUUUAAAAUGAUGCUGGUGUUCUUUAUAUGCUGGGUCCCCAACAUCAUCAACGAGAGCCUCCUCUUCUACCUGGAGAUGCAGACGGACAUCAACGACGGCAGCUUAAGGAACGUCAGGAACGCAGCUCUCAUCACGUGGUUCAUCAUGGGCAUCCUGAACCCCAUGCAGCCUUUCCUGAACACCCUGGCCUUUCACGGCUGGACGGGCUUCGACGUCGACCUCAGCCUGCAGCGGAGGAGGGAGCUGGCCUGGGACUCGGUUUCCACCUCGGUGCCCAACGCGGCCGGCCAUAACCCCAUCGUGGGCGCCACCCUGCUCUACCAGAGCCACGUCCAGGAGGGUCAGAAAAACGGGAUGGGAAACGGACAGAACCACUCGGACGCCAUCAGCGUCCUCUCAGAAGGUUCAGAGUCUAGUACAGUUGAAAUCCACAUUUCCAGCGAGCUACGAGACUAUGAGGAUGUAGACGCUGACGGAGAAUCCUUGGAGAACUCCGUGAGGCACUAGCCGGGCUCGUCUACGAAGCGCCUCCCUCCGCUUUGCCGCAGGACUUCGUCCUUUUAGUCACAUUUUUUUUUUAGAUCGUCUUGUCCUUUAGAUUGUCCUGUGGAGAUAUUAUAACCGGUCAUGAGUUUUCACUAGCUGGUGUGACGGAAGCGAUGAGUGUGAUUCCUAAUUCCAAGCUCUUUUUUUUUUUUAAUUCUCUGAGCAUUGUUACUCUAUGGUACAUUA